GUAUGAUUGACGUUGUUGCUUCUCGAGACAUAGUAAUUAGAAAGUGUCAAACGUACAGAUGUCUUUCUUUUUGUGAUUUUUCGUUCUCACCUGGACUAAACUAUGUUCCUCAGCAGCAUUUGAAACCGAAAGCUUUAUUCUCAUUUAAACACUGAAGAUCAGUUGAAGUCUUUGACCGUCUUUUAAGGAGUUCUGUCCAAGGAUUAUAAUGCUUGAUCAAUACCCAUCGAAAGCUUCCUCAACGUUUGUAAUUACCAACACGUUUAUUAAAUUAAAGAAUCAUAAUCCGUUGGUUGCAAAAUAGCUACCAUGAUCAUCAUCGCAUAAACAAUAGUGGAUUAAAGUCUUUUCUCUUUAUUUUAUUUUCUUGGCAAACAUAUUAUAUGAUCCAUACCGGCUGUUCUUUUUAAUUUUUUUUCCUCAAUGUAAAAACUUAAUCGUAAAAGCGGUUUUGACUUUUGAAGAUCCUUUGAUCGAAAUUCUGCGAUAUCGGUUGAUCGAUACAUUGAUGCUGUCGUCUGCUGAAACACCCGUUCUGUUGGAGUGCACAUAGGAUCGUGUUUAGAAGGAUGUUUACGACGUUGAAGUACGUGAUUAUCUUCAUGAUUAUGCUUCUGGAAUCUCAGGAGAUUACAGCUCUGCCUCGUCUUCUAGGGGGAAAUAACCCAGAUGAUGAUAGCGACGAAGAGAACUUCAGACCUGUCAUACCAUGGAAUUAUAGAGCAGACAAAGGUCCUCAUAAGUGGGGUCAGAUGUUUCCCUACCAAUGCGCUGGAUCGAUGCAGUCCCCCAUCGCUAUACAAACCAUUAACACCAAGAGGAAAGAGUGGGGUCCCCUGGAGAUGAAUGGGUAUGGUGAUACCAACGGGAAGAGGAUGACGCUUACGAACAUCGGACAUACAGUGGAGUUAAUGUUAGAGGGUAACUACACCCUACGCGGAGGUGGACUUGAGGGAACCUAUGUGGCUGAUCAGGUGCAUUUCCACUGGGGGUUCUCCAAUGAGCAGGGGUCUGAACACGUGUUAGACCGAAGAAAAUAUCCCGCGGAGAUGCAUAUUGUGCACCAUCAGCAGUCAUUGAUAGGGGAUAGUGUAUUUCACACGCCAUGCGGUUUGGCAGCCAUUGGUAUCUUUAUUGAGAUCGGAGAAAGGAAUGCAGCUUUUGAAAAAAUAGUGAAACAUUUCAAAGACAUCCAAUAUAAAGACGAGUCGCAUCUUUUGACCGAACCGCUUCAACUCGAUGAACUAUUCCCGAAGAAUAUGAGACACUUCUACCGUUACCCGGGCUCAUUGACCACGCCCCCAUGCUACGAAGUAGUCACGUGGACAGUCUUCAAACAACCAAUCACAGUAUCUCAGGAACAGAUGUCUGCAUUGCGCAGUGUCUUCGAGACGACUCGACACGCAUUUACCUACCACUCGGAGACGCCCAUUCUGCUGCAGAACAACUUCAGACCGGCGCAGCGCAUCAAUGGUCGGGACGUAUACAGGUGCGGAUUCUGAAGCAAGGUCGCAUGUUGAUGGCUCGUGCUCUUCUGUACAAUAUCUUACCAAACGACAUUUAAAAACAUUGAAAAUAAAAUUGUAAAACGACGAACCAAUACCUCGUAGAAAAGGGGACCGUUUCAUAUAAGUUCCUGUUUCUAUUUGUGGUAACUCCCGUAUAGGAACUCGGCAGGAUAGCAUUUUGC